AUGGAAUUCGAUCCAGAGACUCCUCAAUACCUCACCUCUGAUCCGUCGAGUUUUGCUUCGACCUCGGCCAACGAGCGAUGGCCCGUUAUCAUUACUAGUGCUAUCGACGACCUACACCGAACAGUGAUAGCUGUCAAUGACGAGGAGAAGGAGAAAGAGGGCAAGAGCAUCAUUGAGAACCUUGCCAAGUUGAAGUAUGAGCUGCAGCACAAUCGCCAACUGACGCCCAUUGAGGAUGAUGGUCACCCGGAUAUUGCUUCUUACAACAAAGAGCUGGAGCAGCGUGGAAACCCGGUCUGGCACGAUGUGCCCUGGCUAUACUCCGAGUGCUACCUUUACCGUCGCAUGGAAAGUUUCUUCGCGCUGUCUAAGCACUGGAAGGGAUAUGAUGUGUUCGCCCGUCAAAAGAUGUCGACCUUCAAGUCCUCUCGCCCUGCGGUUCUCGAACUCGCUGCCCGAUACCGUGAACUAGCUCAAGAGGCCGAGAGUGGAAAAGGAUCAGAGGGCAAAUCUCCGGAGGAGGUUGAACAGGCCGAGAAACUUCUUUUCUCGGAGAUGUGCGAGAUCUGCUUGUGGGGCAAUGCUACUGACCUGUCCCUCUUGACAUCUUUGACAUAUGAGGAUAUCCAGAAAUUGCAGGGCUCAGAGGCUCGCAAAGCCUCACAGAGUAAUAUCCUCGUCAAUGACAUUGAUGCAGCUUUCGCAGUCAUGCAGAAAGCGCGCAGAGAAAACAAGAACGGGGAUCGCCGCGUCGACAUCGUCCUUGACAACUCCGGCUUCGAGCUAUUUGUUGACCUGAUCCUGGCAGGAUAUCUGCUGUCCACCGGACUGGCGACUAGCAUCGUCCUCCACCCCAAGCGCCUUCCCUGGUUCGUGUCUGAUGUCACACCGAGGGAUUUCUCUGAUCUCCUCAACUGCAUGGUCGAUCCCCAAGCUUUCUACACUGCCCCUGAUGACUCGGGCAAGACACACCCCCCACUCUCAGAAAAGGAGGUCUCCGAUGUUCGCUUCCUAUUCGAACAAUGGAGCGACUUCCACCAGGAAGGCAAAUUGAUCGUGCGCCCUCACGCAUUCUGGACUACCCAGGGAGGCUACUGGCGCCUGCCCCACGUGGCCCCAGAUCUGUUCGAGGAUCUGAAGGAGAGCGAGCUGGUUCUUUUCAAGGGUGACCUGAACUACCGUAAACUGGUCAACGAUGCUCAAUGGGACCCAACCACCCCCUUCACAACAGCCAUCGGCCCCAUGGGCCCCAAAUCUGGUAUCCGUGUACUUGCUUUCCGCACCUGCAAAGCUGAUACAGUAGUUAGCCUCCCUGCCGGUGUAGACGAGAAGCUCCGCCAGCAGCCCGGUGGAGGUGAUGAAAAGGUCCGCAAGUGGGCCUGGAGCGGUAAAUGGGCCGUUGUGUCGUUCUCUGACGGCAAGGCCUAA